AUGGUUCGAGAGAAAAUAACAGUAUCUACUCGGACACUACAGUGGAAGUGUGUUGAAUCAGCAGCAGACAGUAAGCGUCUUCUUUAUGGGCGCUUUAUUCUGUCUCCGCUUAUGAAAGGUCAAGCAGACACAAUAGGCAUUGCUAUGCGAAGAGCUUUGCUUGGAGAAAUCGAAGGAACAUGUAUCACACGCGCAAAAUCUGAGAAAAUAUCACACGAAUAUUCUACCAUAAUGGGUAUUCAAGAAUCAGUACAUGAAAUUUUAAUGAAUUUAAAAGAAAUCGUAUUGAGAAGUAAUCUCUAUGGAACUUGUGAGGCGUCUAUUUGUGUCAGGGGCCCCGGAUAUGUAACUGCUCAAGAUAUCAUCUUACCGCCUUAUGUAGAAAUCCUCGAUAAUACACAGCAUAUAGCUAGCUUGACGGAACCCAUUGAGUUGGUUAUUGGAUUACAGAUAGAGAAGAAUCGCGGAUAUCUUAUAAAAGCGCCAAAUACCUUUCAAGAUGGAAGUUAUCCUAUAGAUCCUGUAUUCAUGCCUGUUCGAAAUGCGAAUCAUAGUAUUCAUUCUUAUGAAAAUGGUAACAAAGAGAUACUAUUUCUCGAAAUAUGGACAAAUGGAAGUUUAACUCCUAAAGAAGCACUUUAUGAAGCCUCCCAGAAUUUGAUUGAUUUAUUGAUUCCCUUUUUACAUACCAAAGAAGAAAAUUUAAAUUUAGAGGGCAAUCAACACAUGGUUCCUUUACCCCCUUUUACCUUUUAUGAUAAAUUGGCUAAACUAACAAAAAAUAAAAAAAAAAUGGCGUUGAAAUCGAUUUUUAUUGACCAAUCAGAAUUGCCUCCCAGGAUCUAUAAUUGCCUCAAAAGGUCCAAUAUAUAUACAUUGUUGGACCUUUUGAAUAACAGUCAAGAAGAUCUUAUGAAAAUGGAACAUUUUCGCAUAGAAGAUGUCAAACAAAUUUUAGGCAUUCUAGAAAAAAAUUUCGUAAUUGAUUUACCGAAAAAUAAGUUUUAAAUUCAUUGGAUUUUUUUUUCAUCUUUUUUUUUAGAAAAAGGCCGAAAAUAGGUUUUGAAUCUUUAGGACAAUUCAUAUAUUCGGAAUUGGCAUAGAUUCAUAAUUUAAUUGAAUAGAUGUAUCUAGGGAGAAUUCACUUUGAAGCGACUGUUCCCUAGAUACAUACGUCGUGAUAUUUUAUUUCACAAUUGAAUCAAUUUAAAAAAGACCUAAAGUUAGGGAUUUAUCAAUAGGUAAUGUUGCACCAAUACCCAACCAAAGGGCCACUGCGGUACCAAUCAAAAAUACGGUUGUCGCUACUGGACGACGAAAUGGAUUUUGGAAUUUAUUAACAUUCUCUAAAAAAGGUACUGUUAAUAAUCCCGCAGGUACUGAAACCAUUAAAAGAACACCCAAUAAUUUAUUGGGUACUGUACGAAGUAUUUGAAAUACGGGAAAGAAAUACCAUUCGGGUAAUAUUUCCAAAGGAGUUGCAAAUGGAUCUGCCGGUUCACCAAUCAUUGAUGGUUCUAGAACCGCUAACCCUACGUUACAUGCAAUAGUACCUAGAA